AUGGCCGGUGUAAGAUUUCUCGACCUGGUGAAACCGUUCACGCCCUUCUUGCCCGAGGUCCAGGCGCCCGAGCGAAAGGUGCCCUUCAACCAGAAGAUCAUGUGGACCGCCGUGACCCUCAUGAUUUUCCUGGUCAUGAGUGAGAUCCCUCUGUACGGUAUCAACUCGUCAGACAAAUCCGACGCGCUGUACUGGCUGCGAAUGAUGCUUGCUUCCAACCGAGGCUCUCUGAUGGAGCUCGGUAUCACCCCCAUUGUGUCGUCCGGAAUGGUGUUCCAGCUGCUUGGAGGAACCCAGCUGAUCGAGGUCAACAUGGACCUCAAGUCCGAUCGAGAGCUUUACCAGACCGCCCAGAAACUGUUUGCCAUCAUCCUCUCGCUUGGUCAGGCCACCGUCUACGUCUUGACUGGCAUGUACGGUCCCCCCAAGGAUCUCGGUGUCGGUGUCUGUCUGCUUCUCAUCUUCCAGCUUGUUCUUGCCGCCCUUGUUGUUAUUCUGCUCGAUGAGCUGCUGCAGAAGGGUUACGGUCUCGGAUCCGGUAUCUCGCUCUUCAUUGCCACCAACAUCUGUGAGCAGAUCUUCUGGAAGGCUUUUGCCCCCACCACUGUCAACAAGGGCCGGGGCUACGAGUUUGAGGGCGCCAUUGUCGCGUUUGUGCACCUACUCUUCACCCGAAAGGACAAGAAGCGAGCCAUCAUUGAGGCUUUCACCCGACAGGAUCUGCCUAACAUGUCUCAGCUGGUGACUACUGUGGCCAUUUUCGCUGCCGUCAUCUACCUCCAGGGCUUCCGAGUCGACAUCCCCGUCAAGUCAUCCAAGCAGCGAGGCCCCUACGGCGUCUUCCCCAUCAAGCUCUUCUACACCUCCAACCUGCCCAUCAUGCUGCAGUCCGCCCUGACCUCCAACAUCUUCAUCAUCUCCCAGAUGCUGUUCAAGAAGUUCCCCACGAACGUGCUCGUCCGGCUGCUCGGUGUGUGGGACGGCCGAGAGGGCAUGCAGCAGCUCUUCCCCGUCUCCGGUAUCGCCUAUUACAUGCAGCCCCCCUUCAACGCCAAGGAGGCACUGGCUGACCCCGUCAAGACCGUCAUCUACAUUGCCUUUGUUCUGGGCGUAUGUGCCGUCUUCUCUGCCACCUGGAUUGAGAUUUCCGGCUCUUCUCCCCGAGAUGUGGCCAAGCAGUUCAAGGAGCAGGGUCUGGUGAUUGCUGGCCGACGAGAGACUUCUGCCUACAAGGAGCUCAAGCGAAUCAUCCCCACCGCUGCAGCUUUUGGAGGAGCCACCAUUGGCGCUCUGUCAGUCGCCUCCGACCUGCUCGGAGCCCUCAGCUCCGGAACCGGUAUCCUCAUGGCCGUGACCACAAUCUACGGCUACUACGAGAUGGCCGCCAAGGAGGGCUACGUUGAUGCUGCUAUUUAA